GUGCAAUAAUUCUAAUUGAAAUGAAGUUAUAUUAUUAUAAAGAAAAAGAUAUUUGCUUUGUUUUUCAAUUGUUUCUCUUUCAUUAUUUAUAUUUUAAUUCUCAACUCGUCUUGUUACUGUCUAUCACAAGAGUAAUCUUCUCUUUAUACCAGAUAGAAAUGCCCUUAUCACAUCAGUUGGUAAUCGAGUGAAUGUGAUUGAUUUAAAAAUAUAUUGUAUAUGAUUCAUUGUUGAUCAAAAUCAAUAUUUUAUUUUAGUGGUCGAUCAGAAACAUUAUCAUUUGAAAGUGAAUUUAAUACUAUUUGUUCAACUCUCUCAUCUAAUGAUGCACUUUUACUUAUUAUUAACGAGAUUGGUCGAGGAUAUUUAUAUAAUGUCAAAUGUCGUACAUUGAUUGGUAUUCAUCGUUUUGGGCAUGAUGUGCGUACAAUCAAAUUCAGUCCUGAUUCCAAUCAAUUAUUGGGUGCUGAUAUGGAUUUAGCAUCUAUGGAAUCAAUACCAUAUAUACCUGGUGAAAAUGAUGAUCAAGAAAUUCCGACAUCAUCAAAUGGUCAUGUUGAUAGAAAUGAUGAUGAUAAUGAUAAUGAAGAAUUGGAUGAUGUUGUUGAACCAGAACGAAUUAAACUUUUAGCAAAAAACAAAAACGUUUAG